GUUAACUUCGCCUACAUCAACGGUGUUCUGCGCCACACCAUCGCCAACCAAUACGAAGUCAUCCGCUCACGCCUCAGCUCAGCCGCACGCGCAGAGGCCACGUCUUGCACUUCUGUGUUCUUCUUAAGCGCUCGAAAUGUCACGUGGCUCGCAGCCCAUGCGCUGUAUAAAGUUUUUCACAAGAAGCAAAAGAAGUACGACGUCAUCCUGCAGAUGGCGCAGGGCCUCAUGGAGUCCAGCUAUGACGCACCCAGGGAUGCCCUCUUCCAGCGCGUUGUGAGUUCAGAGAAUACGCACGUGUUUGCGGAUGUUCGGUACUAAUCGCGCUGAUGGUAUUAAUUGUACGACCCAGCGCGCUCUGCUAUAGAAAGCUUAUCGAAUGCAACCCAUGGGUUAACUGAGCAAAUGUUCUACGCACAUUUGUUACGAACAAGAUUGAAUGCAAG